CGUGCUUUGUUUAUCUUCCUGUCGCGCAGCCGACAUGGACACACGUGGAUAAUGCAGCUCAGCAAAAACAGGACUUUAAUAACACCUUGAUACCAGACUACAUGACUGAUCGGUGACCACACAAGAUCUUUGACCAGGAGGGAUCCACAGCAAGUCUGUCUGCUCUCCAAACUGCCUAAAUCUUGAGCCACAGACACUGAGAUGAAGGGGAAAGGGAAACAGCGGCUGGAGCUGGCAGCCUCAAAGAGGAAAAAUGUGGAGGCGAGCAGCAGUGAUGAUGAAGACUCUGAUGUGGAGAAGAACUUCGCCCUUCUCACCGAGAGAGGGGGAAGAGGAGCUGAGGAGGGAGAGCGGGACCAUGUAGGAGAGGACGAGGACGACUUCGGCGAUGAUGACGAAGAAGGGUCUGAUGGUGGUAAUGAAGAAGAGGAAGACGAGGAGGGAUCUGAUGCUGGUGAGGAAGAGUCUGAUGCAGAUGAAGAAGAAGAGGAGGCUGAGGCGGGAGGAGACAGUGAUGCAUCGGAGGAAGAUGAUGAUAAUGCGGAUGAUGAAGGCCCAGAGAAUGCUGGUUGUAGCGGUGAGAUCCAAACAAGGGAAGACAUUAAAAACGAACUUUCCCACAUGUCCUUUGAGGACAUCUUGAAGCUGCAGAACAAAGUGGGAACCAAAGUUUACAACGAGGUUGCCUACGGCAGCAACAAGAAUACAGAGACCCGCAAAAAGAAACGUCUGAACAAGAACAGGCCGGUGGAAAUUUCAGCCAAGAGACCAGCUCCAUUCCUCCGUCAGGUCGUCGCUGUCAAGAAACCAACGUUGAGAGAUCCUCGAUUUGAUGACCUUUCUGGAGAAUACAAACCAGAGAUUUUUGAGAAGACGUAUAAAUUUAUUAAAGACAUCAAACACAGAGAGAAAGAGAUCAUCCAGAAGCAGCUGAAGAGGACACAGAAGAGCAACACGAAGAAGGAGAAACUGCAGUUCCUUCUGAAGAGGAUGGAGAACCAGGAGCGAGCGAGUAAGAGCCGAGAGGAGCAGAGAGAGAGAGAGCUGCAGUUCAAGAGGCAGCAGAGAGAACGAGCCAGUCAGGGCGCACGACCGUUCUUCCUCAAGAACUCCGAUAAGAAGAAACUGCAGCUGGCUGAAAAAUACCAGGAGCUGAAGAAGAGCGGCAAACUAGAAAACUUCCUGAGUAAGAAGAGGAAGAGGAACGCUGGGAAGGACCGCAGGAAGCUGCCCAAACAGGCUGCAUGAGGCGUCCUGGGGCACAAAAACACCUGAAGAAGAACCUGCUGAGAGCUGGAUGGAAACAUUAAAAACUUUUGGUCCUUCAGUGUGUCGGCUGUAGUGACCUGUCUCAGCCUGCUGGUGGAGCCACAGACGUUCUGACUUUGAGUUUAUGAUGUUGGAUGGAAGUUGUGAUCCAACAUCUGGUGUCUGUCAUGUUUAUUUCACUGUCAAAGUUACAUUUUCUUCUAUUGAAAAAAACAUCUUUGGUGCAUUGAAUGAACCUCAGACAUCCCAACAUUCAAAGCAUCAUUUUGAUUUUGAACCUCGAAAUUAAUUCUCAAACUGCAAACAAGGUGGAACUGCAAACAAACACUGAAAUCUCAGAUGUCAGAGCCCAUGAACGUCAGUGAGAUCUGCUGUGUGUCAGUUUGAGGAAAAUCUAACUUUGACCAAAUAAAGUAAAUAAACAGUGACUGUGAACUGAAACUAAUGGUUGUCUGGAAGAAAAGGAAUCAGAUAUUUGAUGUUUGUGUGACCUAUGAGGAAGUAGACUUUACACCAAUUUGUCCUUUUGAUUUAGUUUUCACUGAAACUGGAACUUAAAAUGUCAGUCGAGUGUUCAGCUGUACAGAUGUGAUCGCUGAAAACAUCAGAAACUCUGAUUUAUAUUCAACCUUCAAAAUGUUUUUGUUUUUUUAAUAAAAUUAUAUUUGUAUGUG